CGAUAACCACACCAUGCAAACACAAAAUAGUCUACUGUAUUUUGCGAAAUGUCUGUUAGUAGGUCAAUUUGAUGACUAUUACUGCGGGGGUGUUUUACGACAUUGACUGGCUAUAAAGCCACCGCACACAUUUUACAUUUAAUUCAAUUCGCACGUACAGUGAUUUAACUAAAUGAAUUGCAUCAGCUGUUGACGUCCUUGUUCAAUAAAUAAUAUGUCAGAAGAACGAAGUACGUUAACGCAGAUUUUUAAACUACUCAAAGAUCAUUUUGAAGACUACACAAAAAUUUCGGAUACACAAACUGACAAAUUCAUACAACGGAGUAAAAAAGGUGUGCGGGAAUCAAGAAAUUUAAAAUGUAACAGUUGUCCAUCAUGUUCAAAGUUCUUUCAAUUUAUGGACCGUGCAACUUCACCAAUUGUUUUAGAAAAUGGGAAGGAAGAAAAUGUUUUACAAAAAUCAUGUAAUGAAGAAGAGAGUACAAGUAACGUUCCAGUGUUGUUGGAUUUCCAACAUAAAAAUAACCAGGACGAUAGCUUGAUGCUGUCAUUAAUUCGGGAAAAUGCGGACAUGAAAAUCAAAAUGCAAGAGAUCAAUCAGCAUUUAAAAAGCAUAUCGAAAUCUAUAGAAGACAACGAAGAUGGAAACCUUAGCCUUAGCAGGAUAGACAGAAUUCUCUCCAAGGUUAUACGUACUCAUAAACGAUCUGAAAUUCUGUGUGACAAACUCUGCGAAGGACUGGAAAAUCUCGAGUCAACAAAACCUAUAAAUACCCUUCCAUCAGAACUAAAGGAUUUUUGCAAUCGAAUAAAACAAUGUGUUGGUCAGGAGUACCGACAUUUAGGCUCAGGUUUGGGCCUGGAGCCUAAUGUUCUUGAUAGAAUAGAGGAUGAUUAUUCAGAGGCAGAUGAAUGUUUAGAAACAAUUAUUUUAGAGUGGUGCAGAGGACAAGAAACCCCUUCCAUGGACGAACUUGUCACUGCUUGCCAUACAGUUAAUCCAGAUAUCUUAAAGUGUAAACCAUUACCAAGAUCACUUAGAAAAGUGCUUCAGAAACAUUACAAUUUCUUUUACGAGGAAAUGCACGAGAUAGCAGUCCUACCGCACUUAGUUUCAUCGGGUAUACUUACAUUCAAACUACAGAGAUAUAUCUUGAAACCAAAAACCAAAGACCAACGAUUGUCGAGGCUUAUUGAGGCAUUAGGUACGAGAGAUAAUGGUCUUGACGAACUUAUCACUGCCUUGGAAAAAUCCGAACAACCUCACGUUUCAUCAGUCCUAAAAGAUUCAGUAACUGAUUUAAGUUUGAAUGCAGAUCCAAUUGAUGGCAUGGAAUUUCGUGAAGAGAAACAGGAACCGUUUAGGCCCGUUUCUAUGCUUAAUUCUUUUUUAGGUAGACGACACAAUUCCUUCUCCAAUGAACUUGAAUUUGACGACGGCAGAAGCUGUAUAUCUGAGAUAUCAUUUGCCAGUGGAUCUUCUAAUUUAGAACCUCGGGCAAUUUUAGAUCAGAUAGCAGAACUUCUACUUAAAGCUGGUUUGAAAUUGUCUAAAUAAUAGCAGUGGAGAACAUGCCGUUAAAAGGGCAUUUUUUGUCUUCAUCUAUCGAAAUUGAAUAUCAAAUUAUGUGCAAACUUAUCGACUUAAUGUAGAGUUCAAAUUUGAAUGAAACCCUACAUGAUAUGACGAUAUUAUGCAGACAAAACCAAUUAUUAUGUAGUAUUCGAAAAAUAAAUAUUUUCAAUUUCC